CGGACCAGUGAGCACGGGGGAAUGGGAUGCGGAUCCAUCUUUUUCCAUAUAGGAGCCCCCCCUGAGCUGAGUUCCUGAAAGUACAACCUGCGCAGGCCUCCAGCAGGUUGUGUGUGCAUGUACCUCUACCUUUGCUACCAGGAUAUGUCGGUAACAACCUGGUUUCCUCGAGCCCGGCUUCCCUUGAAGCUCUCACCAGCCAGCUCCUCUACCUAUAGCAUUUCCUAGCUGGCCAUCCCCGAGCGGUGAAGACACGGUUUCUUCCCAAUCCAGUGCCCUUUACCUCGUCGGCACCACCGCCAUCAUCGCCACCACCGAACAUGCCCGGAGACAUAGCGCAGCCCCUUCUGGGCAAGGUCCUCGUCGUCGGCGGCUGCGGCUUUCUCGGCCACCACGUCGUGGACCUGCUCCUGCGCGACUGGAGGUCCACCGUGUCCGUCGUCGACCUCAGGUGCCAGCGCAACCGUCGACCGGAUUCCGACGGCGUCACGUACGUGGAAGCCGACAUCACCGAUGUCGAUGGUCUGACUAAGAUCUUUGGGAAGCUCAAGCCCGACGUCGUCAUCCACACGGCCUCGCCGCCCGCCCAAGGCACCGGCGACGUCGCCAACGACCUGUUCCGGAAGGUCAACGUCGACGGCACCCGCGCCGUCGUCGCGGCCUGCCAGCAGAACGGGGUCAAGGCCUUGGUGUACACGAGUUCUGCCAGCAUACUGAGCGACAACAAGAGCGACCUGAUCAACGCGAACGAGGAGUACCCCGUCAUCCGGGGCAAGAUGCAGUCCGAGUACUAUUCCGAGACCAAGGCCGACGCCGAGAGUAUCGUGCUCGCCGCGAACCGAGCCGACGGUACCGACCUACUGACCGCGUCCAUCCGACCCUCGGGCAUCUUUGGGGAGGGCGACAUGCAGCUAGUCUACCAUACCAUCAAUAUCUAUCGCGGCGGGAAGGAUAUGGUGCAAGUCGGACCGAACGAGAACUUGUUCGACUUCACCUAUGUCCAGAACGUCGCGCACGCGCACCUCCUAGCGGCCCGGGCCCUGCUCGUAACGCAUACGGCGUCCACCGAACCCCUCGAUUACGAGAAGGUCGACGGCGAAGCCUUCCUCAUCACCAACGACAGCCCCGUCUACUUCUGGGAUCUGAUGCGGGCUAUAUGGCGCGAGGCCGGGUCGCAGAGGGGGACCAGCCACGUCUGGGCCAUGAGCCGGGACGUCGGCCUCCUGUUGGGGCUUCUGAGCGAAGUCGCCUUCGGCAUCAUGCGGAAGACGCCGACCUUCAACCGUCAACGCAUCGUGUAUAGCUGCAUGACAAGGUAUUACGAUAUCUCAAAAGCGAAGAGGCGUCUCGGCUACCGGCCUCUGGUGAGCUUGAGCGAGGGCGUCAAGAGGACGGUGAGGUGGUCGCUGGAGCAGGAGAAUAACGCGCCUCCUACGAAGUCGUGACGCACCUCACGUCGCGUGUGCUUACCUCGCACGAAAUGCACAUAUCGAACCGUGUCACUGGGAAGUUUCGUGUUCUACGCCAUUAUGAGAAGGGGGGGUCGAAAUAUACAGGAUCGGCAUCGUGGUAAUUCCCGACUCCAUGGGAGGGUCUGUUUUAAUAGCAAACAUUGUAGGCAGCCAGCCGCUGGCAAGUAAUAAUAUAUAAUUUACCGGUCAAACUAUAGA